AUGGCUUCCACCGACCCUGGCCUCCGCGAGGCGCAACGCCGCCAGGCUCGGACUGAGAGCCGACGAGAACGAGAGUUCUACGAAUAUUAUGACGCCCUCGAACACCUAUCCGACAAAGUCCCUCAGUACGUCGACAUCACUGACCCGGCAGCACUCCAGCGCCAUGUACCAGUCUCCUCGCCUGACAAGGCGCUCAGUGCAUUUUGUCAGCUUGGUGCGGUCCAACUCAGGGCUAAACGUGGGCUCUUGUUCUUCUUCAACCAAACGCAUGCUUUCAUCCUUGCUGAAGCCACUCCCACGCUCUCGCUUCAAGACCACAGCCGCCACAAGGAUGAGCUGUGGAUGGGGUACUCUAAGAUUGACCGAUCUUGGUCCGUUUGCGAAUGGACCAUUCAGCUAAAGCGCACGCGUGUUGAUGGAGACGAAACAUCUGAUCAGCUGCCGCUUAACAUCAUUCCGGAUCUGAAGGGCACCCAGCAGUUCUGCACUUACCCUUAUGUGAUUGAUGCUCCGCGGAUGCGGUUCUACGCCGGCUGCCCGAUCGUUUCAAGAGGCAUCAACAUCGGUGCAUUCUGCGUGCUGGAUGAUGAAGUACGUCCCGGGCUAUCGGAGCAGGAAAAGACGUUUCUUCGCGAGUGA